AUGACCGCGCGGAAAAAGCUCCUUUCAUUUGGUUGGAAGUGGGCUGGAAAACCUCUACCUCAACCAUUACACUCCGAUUCUCUCUCAUGGCUUGAUCUGGUAUCCAGAUCCGAAGCUGAAUGCCCGCCUCCAUCUGAUAACACCGCUUGGGCAAGAGCGUGUCGAAGCCCGCAAACCACUUUUCAAUGGACGGGAUCCAAUGCGCCUGCUUUGGGCCAAAUCUGGAAUUUAGUCCACGCAAUAUACCUAGCUCAUCCCACUUUGGAGUAUUUCCGACUGACUCUGCUUGGAUCUGAGAAGGAGGUCAUUCGGAGCGAGUUAUUAUCUACUGGUUUAGGAAUUGACCAUCCAAAACCAUGGCGAUUUUCAAAGGCGGCAACAAGCGCAGCACCAACGGAGGAUUUAUUAAUUCUUCGAGGUGCAUUCUGGCAAGGAGCAGCCUCACCAUUAGGUCCUCGUCCCAUCUGGGUGAUUGGAGAUGGCACAGAUGGUCCCAUUCGAGAAUCUCUAGCCCAAUAUCCCGUUAUGCCUGAAAACCACCAACUUACCAUGAAAUUUCCCGAAGAAGCUGUCUAUACUCACCAUCCGAUACGUCGUCCUAAACCACAUCCAGGAUCCAUUUGCUACAGUCGUUAUAUUCCCGAAUUGGACGAGCAUUUCUCUCUCGAAGUGGUUGAUUGGCAAGAUGAUGCUCAUUUGAAACUCUUCAACACGUGGCAAAAUGAUCCACGUGUUGCUAAGGGUUGGAAUGAAACGGGAACUUUGGACCAGCAUCGUGAGUAUCUACGCAAGUUACAUUUUGACCCUCACGUGCUGUGUCUGUUUGGGCGCUUUAACGAGACUCGAUUCUCCUAUUUUGAGCUCUAUUGGGCGAAAGAGGAUCACUAUGGCGCACACUACAACGCCGGAGAUUACGAUCGUGGACGCCACUCACUCGUUGGGGACGCCUCAUUCCGCGGUCCACAGCGAGUAAACGCCUGGUACUCGAGUUGUAUCCAUUAUGUAUUCCUAGACGAUCCGCGAACUGCAAAUGCAGUUGGAGAGCCAAAAGCCACAGGCGCCAUUAUUUUAUCUUAUGAGAAUGCACAAGGUCUUACCAUUGGGAAGUAUGUUGAUCUGGGACAUAAACGAUCUGUUCAUUCAAUUUGUAGUCGUGAAAAAUGGUUUCAGCUAUGUCCUCUAUUUUGGGAUGGAAGAAACCAGCCGUUGGAAUCUGCGGAUCGAGCUGCUUGGAAUGCGAAGUUGUGA